UCUGGUCCGUGUACAAAUAAAUGAAUGAAUAUGUGAUUGAAUGAAUAUUUAUUUUCUAUAUUAUUUAUAGAUUAAAGGUAGGUGCAGUGCUCGGUCUCUGCCGCUGGGUGUCGCUGAAUGAUGACUGCGGCGCGCGUCCGCGUAGGAGAGCGCGUGCACAGAGCGGGAGCAUCUGCUUCCAAACGCGCGGGUGCGCGCAGGGAGGAAGCAUCCUCGGUUCAGACAAGAGACACGGAGCAGAAGGAGCAGGAGGAGGAGGAGGAGAAGAAGGAGGAGGAGGAGGAGCAGAACCGGGGCGGACCGAGCGGAAUCACCGGUACCGGUACCUGCAUCCACCCGGACCCCAGCUACCGGGACCGGGCCGCAGCUGCGCGUCGUCGGUGUGAACGUGAGAGAGCGACGGAAGGAGGAUGAAGAGGAGCGGCCACAGGCGGGGAGUCCAGGACCUGGAUCCAGGUCCGGUGGUCCAGGUCCCAGAGAAGUCCGGCUGGGUCAGGAAGUUCUGUGGCCGAGGGAUUUUCUGGGAGGUUUGGAGGAGACGGUACCUGGUUCUGAGAGGAGAUCAGCUGUUCAUCUCGGACCGGGAGGUGAGAGACGAGCGUAAAGCCCAGGACGUGUUGGACCUGGUGGACUACGAGGGCUCAGAGGAGCUGAAGAAGAUGAAGAGUCGCAGCAAGAAAAGCCAGAGUCGCUUCACCCUGCUGACACCAGGGGGCAGCGUUCCUAGUCUGGUCUUCCUGGCUGUGAGUCCAGAGGAGAAGGAGUCGUGGGUCCACAUUCUGAACGUGGCCAUCGUCAGAGCCAAGAACCGAGUCCUGGACCAGGUGUCCAUCGAGGAGGACGCAGCGCUGCUCCACCUCACCAGAGACCGGGCCAGGAUCCCUCAGGGACGCCGCCUCCCCACCAGAGGACACCUCCUGGCGUCCACGUCCCCCCACGGUGUGCUGACCCUGGACCUGGUCUCCGAGGAGGUCGGAGGUCGUCAGCGCGCCGGUACCGACGUGUCCAAGCUAAGAGCUACGUCCAAGGAGCCCCAGGUGAAGACGGGCAGCCUGCCCAGAGGCAGUGAGCGGUCCUGGGGAAAGCAGCCCCAGCACCAGGCCCCCCACGCCCAGGUCCAAGUCCAGCCGGGUGGGACCAGAACCAGGGGACAGGUCGGACAGUGUCGGACUCCUCAGCCCGGGAAGAGGUCCAGCGUUCAGGGCCGGAGUCGCUGCGCGUCCAUGGAUGAGGUCCUGUCCUCCAGGCCCGUGAGGAUCCGCUCAGAGUUGCGCUCGGCUCUUGGACGCUGUCCCGUGGCGGCGGUGGGCGGAGCCUGGGUGCAGCCCGUGGGCCAGAUGCAGAGUCUCAUCGCUCAGAGGAUGCAGAGAGCUCAGGAGCUACUGGAGGAGAUGAGGCUGCAGGAACUGCAGAAGGCGAAGGAGGAGAGACAGCGCGGGGGCGGAGUCGAGUCCCCCCGACUCCACCAGCUCCGAGGCUCUGACUCCGCCCACUCCAGGGUGUCCGGAUCUCCGAGGAGCAGGAGCAGCGACGUCCCUCGUCCCCGGGACAAAGACUCCCCCCGUCCCAGAGCGAGAGCGUCUCCUCGGUCCAAAGCCAAGAAGAACCGAACCAGAGGGACUGACUCACCUGGAUCCAGAGCAUCACAUUCUCCUGGUACCACGGCCGGCGACUCCCCUCAACCAAAGAGUUCCCCCAGACCCAGAGGACUGUCCUGCACCUCCUCCUGCACCUCCUCCUCCUCCUCCGUCCCUCAGGACGACUCUCCUGCUCCUCAGUCUCCUCCUGACUCCUCUCAGCUGAAAGGACCAGACUCGCCCCGAGGCUCCGAAACCCAGAGUCCGUCCGGCAAUCCAGAGGAGGAGGAGGAGGAGGAGGAGGAGGAGGAGGUGCAGAGGAGACGCACUGAGGCAGAGCGUCUCCUGGAGGAGGCUGUGUCCUCGUGGAAGGAGGCGCAGGAGGUUCUGCAGGAGGUGAAGGAGCUGCAGAGCCAGACGCUGCGUCGCCAACGCAGGAGGACAUAUGAGAAGGAGGAGAAGAAGGAGAAGGAGAAGGAGGAGGAGGAGAAGGAGGAGGAAGAGGAGGAGGAGAAGGAGGAGGAAGAGGAGGAGAAAGAGGAGGAGGAGGAGGAGAGGGAGGAGGAGGAGGAGGAGGAAGAGGGGAGGAAGGAGGAGGAGGAGGAGGAGGAGGAGGAGGCGUCUUCACAUGAAGACGAGUUGGAGACAAACUGACUUUGUUUCUUCAGGAGCUGGUAAACGUUUGUCUUCACCUCCUUCUCUCCUUCCUCCUCGUGUCUGUUUGUUCCUGGAGGUGAAGUCGUUUAUUUCCUAUGAUGUUUCUACACUGAAGGGCACUGUCUCCGUCUCUGUCUCCGUCUCUGUCUCCGUCUGUCUCUGUCUGUCUCUGUCUCUGUCUCCGUCUGUCUCUGUCUGUCUCUGUCU